AGAGUAUCCGAGAUGAACCAAUCCACAUUCUUAACAUAGCCAUCAAAACUGACUGUGACACUGAUGAUGAUGGACUUGCUUCAAUGUUCCGUGAGUUCACCCAAAACAAAAAAUUGAUACUAAUGGACCAUGGGAUUCGUCGACUGACCUUUUUAGUAGCACAAAAGGAUUUCAGAAAGCAGGUUAACUGUGAGGUGGACCAAAGAUUUCAUAGGGAAUUCCCCAAAUUUUUCACUUUCCGUGCAAGAAACAAGUUUGAAGAAGACAGAAUCUACAGGCAUUUGGAACCAGCACUUGCCUUUCAACUGGAGCUUAAUCGUAUGAGGAAUUUUGAUUUAACAGCCAUACCUUGUGCUAACCACAAAAUGCAUCUGUACUUGGGCGCUGCAAAGGUCGAAGAGGGAGCUGAAGUCACAGAUUACAGAUUCUUUGUCCGUGCAAUCAUCAGACAUUCUGACCUAGUUACAAAGGAAGCCUCAUUUGAGUACCUUCAGAAUGAAGGUGAGCGCCUCUUGCUGGAAGCUAUGGAUGAACUGGAAGUUGCCUUUAAUAACACUAAUGUGCGCACUGACUGCAACCACAUCUUCUUAAAUUUUGUUCCUACUGUUAUCAUGGACCCUUCAAAGAUUGAGGAGUCUGUCCGAAGCAUGGUAAUGCGCUAUGGGAGCCGUCUCUGGAAGUUGCGUGUCCUGCAAGCUGAACUGAAAAUAAAUAUUCGUUUAACACCAACAGGAAAGCAGAUUCCAAUUCGAUUGUUUCUGACAAAUGAAUCUGGCUACUACUUGGACAUAAGUCUUUACAAAGAGGUGACAGAUUCAAGAACUGCACAGAUCAUGUUUCAAGCAUAUGGGGACAAACAGGGACCGCUUCAUGGGAUGCUCAUUAAUACUCCCUAUGUGACAAAAGAUUUGUUACAAUCUAAGCGAUUUCAAGCUCAAUCUCUCGGAACAACUUACAUAUAUGAUAUCCCUGAAAUGUUCCGUCAGGCGCUUAUAAAGCUAUGGGAGUCAAUGGAUGCA